UUUUUACCAAUCGGAGCCUUUUUUUUCCUUUUCCCAUUCAAUUCCUUCACCAAUUUCCUGAGUCUGUCUCCCUCCCUCCCUCUCUCUCUCUCUCUCUCUCUCUCUCUCUUGAAUUAUUACUACUGUCACGCAGGCUCAGUACAGAGAUCCAUCCAUGGCAAUCCCCCCAUUUCUUCAAUCUCCAAUUAUAACCCCUCUGUUUCCUAUUCCUUUCCCCCUCCCAAUCCUAUUCCUCAAACAACUCACCACAUUUUGAUCCAUCUACAACUUUCCACCGUCGGCAAAGACAAUGCAACCUUCUUAAUCGACGGAAAUGGAGUUCGUUGGUAUUGCAGUUUGGAACUCGCUUAUUUCAUUAGGUUUUUGAAUAAAGAAAUUGGAUGCGAAUCAUGGGGAGGAGAGAAGAAUCGCUUAAUUUUUCGUCUGCGAGUUCACGUGAAGGUUUUGUCACGAUGUCCGUGAGUUUUUACAACUGAUUGAGUGUCUCCAGUUGGUGUUUUCCCGAGGGCGUCGCCAUUGGAGAGCAUCUUGUUCGUAACUACAUGUCUACAGAAGACGAGACUGAGCUCCAAGAGGCACUGUGUUGAAUAACAAGGAUUCAUCGGCGGGUAGAUGAAUCAAAGGGGAAUAUUUCUUGCUCUGAAGAUUUCUAUAUUCUCUACUUUGCAUUUGAGAUCGUGAUUUCAAGGUUUUCCCUGGGAUGGAACUUUUGGUUUUGAGGUAUUUUUCUUUGUUCUUCGUCUUGUCGGUUUGUGUACUGCAUUUGGUUCGAGCUGGAGAUGCAGAAGCUCUGUUAGAAUUGAAAGAAUCUCUUCACGCUGGGAACUCGCUUCCAUGGCGAGGAAGGUCUUUCUGCCACUGGCAAGGAGUUAAAGAAUGCGCGAAUGGGCGGGUAACUAAGCUUGUUUUGGAGCAUCUAAAUCUAUCUGGUGUUCUUAACCACAAGAUUUUGAAUCGUUUAGAUCAGCUUCGUGUUCUCAGUUUCAAAGGAAAUUCGCUUUCCGGUCAAAUCCCUGAUCUCUCGGGUCUCGUUAAUCUAAAAUCCCUCUAUCUAAGCGACAACAACUUUUCCGGCGAGUUUCCGAGUUCCAUCUCCAAUCUCCACCGCUUGAAGGUCGUCGUUCUUUCCGGUAACAAAAUAUCUGGUCCCAUUCCAGAAACAUUGCUUAAACUCCGGCGUCUCUAUGUUCUACACUUGCAAGACAACCAACUCACCGGCUCCAUCCCUCCUUUCAACCAAACCAGUCUUCGAUUCUUCAAUGUCUCUAACAACCACCUCUCGGGCGACAUCCCAGUAACCCCCACCUUAGCCCGAUUUAAUGUCUCGUCAUUUUCCGGCAACCUAGAACUUUGCGGAGAACAAGUUCAAAACCCUUGUGGAAAUAUUUCCGUUGCGCCAUCAUUAAGUCCCUCUUUUCCACUAAUCCCUGGCUCAAGCUCGUCUUCAAGACGACACAAAUUGGUCAAGAUAAUAGCUGGAAGUGUUGGUGGGUUUGUUGGGUUGUUGUUAAUCAUUCUUUUACUAUGUAUGAUUUGCAAAUGUAGGGAAAGAAAAAGCCUAUCGGAGGUUAGAAACAAAGGAAUUGGAGAGAAGGGGGUGGAGGAAACACCUGGAACUGCCGGAGGUUGCGGUGGUGGUGGCGGAGGAGGUAAUAACGGGGGAAAACAAGGGGGGUUUUCGUGGGAAAGUGAAGGACUAGGGAGUCUAGUGUUCUGCGGAGCAGGGGAUCAGAAAAUGACUUAUAGUUUGGAAGAUUUGUUGAAAGCUUCGGCGGAGACUUUGGGCAGAGGGACCAUUGGAAGCACAUACAAAGCAGUAAUGGAAUCUGGGUAUAUUGUGACAGUGAAGAGGCUGAAGGAUUCAAGGUACCCACGAGCAGAGGAAUUCGGACGGCAGAUGGAGGUUCUUGGGCGGCUCAGACACCCUAAUUUGGUCCCUCUUAGGGCAUAUUUUCAGGCCAAGGAGGAACGCUUGCUCGUAUACGAUUAUUUCCCCAAUGGCAGUCUCUUCUCUCUCAUCCAUGGAUCAAGAACUUCUGGCGGAGGAAAGCCUCUUCAUUGGACAUCCUGCCUAAAAAUCGCGGAAGACUUGGCCAAUGGUUUGCUCUACAUCCACCAGAACCCAGGCUCAACGCAUGGAAACCUCAAAUCCUCAAACGUACUAUUAGGAUCUGAUUUCGAAUCCUGUCUUACUGAUUACGGUCUUAACUUAUUCCGAGAUCCCGACUCGCUCGAAGAACCCAGUGCAACGUCACUCUUUUACCGAGCUCCCGAAUGCCGCGACAUACGUAAGCCAACCACCCAACAAGCAGAUGUCUAUAGUUUUGGUGUUCUUCUAUUGGAGCUUCUCACAGGCAAAACACCAUUCCAAGAUCUUGUUCAAGAACACGGUUCUGACAUUCCCAAGUGGGUUAGUUCAGUUAGAGAAGAGGAGACAGAGUCUGGGGACGAUCCCACGUCUGGGAACGAGGCGUCAGAAGAGAAACUUCAAGCUCUUUUGAAUAUAGCAAUGGCUUGUGUUUCGCUUAUGCCUCAAAACCGACCGACAAUGAGGGAAGUACUAAAGAUGAUAAGAGAUACAAGAGCCGAGGCUCAAAUCUCAUCCAACAGUAGUGAGCAUUCACCGGGGAGAUGGUCUGAUAUUGUGCAGAGUUUGCCAAGGGAAGAACAUUUAAGCAUUUGAGUGGCUGCCAAAACUUCUUACAAGCUUGCAUUUUGAUUAUUAUGGUUGUGUUAUUGAGUUUCAUUUUUAAGGCAUCUUUCAUUAUUCUUCAAUUAGGGGUGGUAACCAAAGUGAUUUGGGUUCAGUAGCAUUGACAUGACCUUCAACCAUUCGAUUCUCCCCUGCAAUUGUUGUUGUACCAAAAGAAAUUAGGGAUGGUAGAAAGAGUGUAAAGUUAGAUAUUGUUGUUGGAGGUUUCUUUCUUUCGGCUAGUUUGAACUGAAAAUGUAGUGCUUUUAGGUGAUUCGAUGUCAUUAAUUCAACCCAAGUUAUGUGCUUUAUAUUGUUCAAA